AUGGACUAUUAUGACAGUGGAGAGGUAUCACAGUUUCACACUGAUCUUUCACUUCUAGACCUCAAUGGUAAGGAGGUUUUGAGGAAAACCAUCAGUGUAAAUGAUCCGUUGAGGUACGGAGGGAUCACUAUUUACCAAACAGACUGGAGUAUUUCUGCACUGCAGAUUAUGAAGGAUGGUGAAGGGCCAUUUAACUUAGCAAUGGCACCUCUUAAAAUCAAUGGAGACAAGAAGCUUUUUGGAACUUUCCUUCCUGUUGGGGAUACCAAUUCUCCUAAUGUCAAGGGAAUAUCAAUGCUAGCUCGUGAUUUACAGUCAAUCGUGUUGUAUGAUCAAGAAGGAAAGUUCGUUGGAGUUAGACGACCAAACUCGAAACUCCCAAUCGACAUUGAUGGCACCAAAAUUGUUAUUGUUGAUGCAAUUGGCAGUACGGGACUAGAUCUGAAGACUGACCCAGGAGUGCCAAUUGUUUAUGCUGGUUUUGGAGCUCUGAUGCUCACAACUUGUGUCAGUUUUUUAUCUCAUUCCCAGAUCUGGGCCUUGCAAGAUGGGACAACCGUGGUCAUUGGGGGUAAGACCAAUCGUGCAAAGGCCGAAUUCCCUGAUGAGAUGAACCUCUUACUCGAUCGAGUCCCAGAAAUAGUUGCAUCAUCUGGGCAAUCUACGACAACUAGUGGUUGA